AUGGGCUUGGAGCUCUACCUCGACCUCCUGUCGCAACCCUGCCGUGCCGUCUAUGUCUUCGCCAAGAAGAACGGCAUCUCCUUCCAGCUGAACACCGUGGAUUUACUCAAAGGGCAACAUGUGAGCGAGCAAUUCUUGCAGUUGAACUGCCAGCGGAAAGUUCCUGUCCUCAAAGAUGGAAAUUUCGUGUUGACCGAAAGCUCAGCCAUCCUGAUGUACCUGAGUUCCAAGUACCAGGUGGCGGACCACUGGUACCCAGCUGACCUGCAAGCCCGUGCCCGUGUCCAUGAGUAUCUAGGCUGGCAUACUGAUAACGUCCGUGGCAUCUUUGGAGUGCCCCUGUGGACCAAGGUGUUGGGGCCACUCAUUGGGACACAGAUUCCAGAGGAGAAAGUCGAACGGAACCGAAAGAAUAUGUUCGAGUCUCUGCAGCGUCUGGAGGAAAAGUUCUUUGGGAAUGGGACCUUCCUUACUGGCCAUCAGGUGACGUUGGCUGAUCUUAUGUGUCUGGAGGAGCUGAUGCAGCCGGUGGCUCUUGGCUGUAAUCUGUUUGAGGGACGGCCACAAUUGACAGCAUGGCGAGUGCGGGUGGAGGAGUUCUUGGGUGCCGAUCUGUGUCAGCAGGCCCUUGGGCGUAUCCUGAGCAUUCGGGAACAGGCAGCCAAAAACGCCCUACCUGUACCCUAUCCAGAGGUCCAGUCCAGAAUGAUGCUUCGAAUUGCUAGGAUUCCCUGA